AAGCCAGUGGUUCAGUCUAUUAGACUAUUUUUAGCUUGACCUCCAACCAAUCUUUGCUGAGACCCUUAUACAUCCAGAACUACACACCCAUACACCAGCGAAUCACUGAUAAGCGAAAAACUCGUCAAGCCUAACCAAUAAUUGUUAGUUAUUCUUUAUACAUUGGCAAUGGCUAAAAAGAUAGUGAUAUUGGGAGCUGGUGUGAUUGGGUUGACCACUGCGUUGCAGCUCAAAAAAUCAAACAGCGAGUAUGAUAUUACUGUGAUUGGACAACACAUUCCAGGAGAUAUUGAUAUUGAAUAUACUUCACCAUUUGCAGGAGCAAAUUGGCAUUCAUUUGCCACUCUUGAAGAUAAAACGCUUCAAGAGUUUGAUAAGCCUGGAUAUUUUGAGUUCAUUAGAUUGGCCAAAUUCGAGCCUAGAUCCGGAGUAUGGCUUCAACCAAACGUUGAAUAUAAUAAUGAAGAUGCAGCUAAAAAUCAAGAUAAGUUCAAAUAUAGAACAAGUCCUUGGUUUAAAGAUUUUACUAAUUUCAGAUUUAUUGAAAAGAAAGAUUUACCCGAAGGUAUGGUAUCGGGAUCAGUAUUUGAUGGAGUUGUUAUUUCAACCCAAAUUUAUUUACAAUAUCUUGUGCAAAGAUUACUUGAAAUGGGGGUUGGGAUUAAAAGAGUGGCCAAGUUACAAUCAAUUCAAGAAGCAUUAAAUCACCACUCUUCUGGAGAAAAAGCAGAUUUGGUUAUUAAUAGUAGCGGGUUGUUAUCAAAAAACUUAAGCGGAUUUAAAGAUGAUAAAUUAGUUUAUCCAGUGAGAGGUCAAGUCUUACACGUUAGAAAUAAUGCAAAGACUGAACUUCACGUAGGAGAUUUCCCUGGCUUUCCUAACGAGUCUUUAUACAUCAUGCCCAGAAAAGAAGGUGGUUCAAUCGUUGGGGGUUGUUUUGAACGAGAUCUAAAUAACCUUCAAGAAGAUAAAGAACUCACCAAAAGAAUUAUCGAAAGAGCGAAAAAAUAUGCCCCAGAUAUGGUUAAUCCCAAUUACAAAAACAAUCCAACCGAAAUCGAUAUUAUUCGAGUCAACGUUGGUUUAAGACCUUUUAGAGAAUCGGGUGCCCGAGUUGAAAUCGACCCCGACCAUAGCGAAUGGCUCAUUCAUAACUAUGGUGCCGGUGGUGGUGGGUAUCAAGGAAGUUAUGGAUACGCAAAUAAAGUAGUUCAAUUGGCAAAUCAACUUUUUGCUAAAAAAUCAAAGUUAUAAUUCGUUUAUUAAGUAUAUAAUUAAAACAUUGACAGAACUAAACAAAAAUGUAGUAUUGCAGCAAAUCUCCUCAGUUACUUACAGAAAGUAUUAAGCAAAAAAUGAAAUAACUUCUUCCCUCCUUCUUUAGCAUACUUCUUUUGAUGCUCCUUAUCAGUUUGAUUAUGGAAAAACUCACUGGCUUUCCCUUGGUCAGGACUAAUUGGGGUUGGCUCAUCACUGUACUUGUGAGUCUUGACUUUUAUGUCCCCGUAUCCUUGUUGCGGCUUGAAGAACCCGGUCUCCGAAGGGGUUUCUGGAAUACUCAUUUUUCUCUCGUUAUUAGG